AUGCCUCGCCUUUCUGACUAUUGGUCUGGUUUGCCGUAUCUGCACCAUGACUUCUUUCCAAAUGCUAUUUUUCGAAACAGAUUUCAAGCCAUUUUCCAUACGAUGUUUCACUGUUGUGAUAUCGAAGAGGACCAAAGAACGAAAUGGGAUAAAAUACAGCCCAUCAUCAAUUAUGUCGUACAAAAAUUUCAACAACAUUUCGUCCCUUAUCAACAGUUGUCAGCAGACGAGUCGAUGAUCGGGUAUAAGGGGCGAAUUCGUUUCCGACAAUAUAAUCCGAAGAAGCCUAUAAAGUGGGGUCUGCUGGCUAGAACAUUGGCAGAUGCCAACACUGGAUAUUUGUUGAACAUUGUAAUGUAUUACGGUAAAGAUGAGGGGAAGGAAAUAAUCGAAGGAUCGACCAAAACUUCAUCCACAAUUGUCGAGCUCCUCCAACCAUAUCUUGGCAAAGGACAUAACGUAUUUUGUGACAGGCUUUACACGUCAUUGAACUUGGCUGACUAUCUACACGAAAAAAGAACAUAUCUUACUGGCACAAUAAUGCAAAACAGAAAAGGCGUCCCUGUUGAAAUCAAAGGAAAAUCCAAGAGCCUGAUUUCAAUGCGGAGCAGCAAGAUUCUACUACAAACUUGGACUGACAAAAGGCCUGUCACAAUGAUCUCCACUUAUUAUCGUGGAGAUGAAAUAAUUACUAAAGACGUAAGAGGGCGCGACAUGACUGUCAAUAAACCGUUAGUGGUUGAAAGAUACAUUCUAUACAAACUGUCAAGGCUGGCUAAACAAACCAGAGAUAUUAAUUUGCUUAGCUUCCGCAGAGACCUUGUAUCUGAUCUUGUGGAUAUUGGGAGAGAGGCCACUCAGCGGAAGCGACGAUCUGGAUCUGCCUCAGAUGUUACAACUGAAACAAAUAUCUUCCAUGUUCAAAAAAAGGUCGAGCCUGGGCAAAGACGUAAAGAAUGUAACUUGUGUAGCAAAGGCAUAAUUGGCAUCUGUUGCCAUGAUCUUCUGUGGCUGACAGUUCCUCCGAUUGUUCCAACAGCUUUUUUUGAGCGUCCUGGACUGAUGCGACAGCGGCCAGAAGCUGGUUUUGGGCUUCGUUAUUCAUCCUGCUGUCUUGAUAGUGGUUGA